CCCUGUCAGUUUUUGAAGCCAUCUCUUGUUUUCCUUUAGCAGGAACAUUUGCUAGCAACAUAGAAGAACGACGGCAACCGAAGACGAAGAAAAAUUCUACGCUAUGAAAUUUCUGCGUGAUUCGGUCAAUUAGAACACUAUUUCCGGCAAGGACAAAGUUCGAAGCAGCGCAAGAGACACAGGGAGAAAAACAACAGGCGAGAGUGUAGAGGGGAGAAUGUACGUAAGAUCUCUCGUCAGGACCUUGCAAAGAUGUCGUAGUUUGACGGCCGGAGGUGUGCCAGCAGCGGCCUUCAGAGGAGCGACAGCAGCAGUCACGACUACCCGCGGAGCCCACACCGACCUCCCCGUCCCAGACUUCUCCGCCUACAGAAACAGCUACGCGGAUAAACCCAACGAGGCGUCGUCUCGAGGGGAACUGGGGAAGAGAGCCGCGGCCUACAUGGUUCUAGGAGGCGGUCUGGCGGCUGGAAUGGUACCAACCAAAGACGCAAUAGUGGGUCUGCUGAGUACAAUGAGCCCCUCAGCUGAUGUCCUAGCAAUGGCAACGAUAGAGGUGGACCUCUCUGCCAUCCCGGAGGGGAAGAACGUCGUCUUAAAGUGGCAGGGGAAGCCCCUCUUCGUCAGGCACCGCACAGCCGAGGAGAUCGACGCGGCGAAGAACGUGGACCUCAGUACUCUGCGUGACCCGCAGGCCGACGACGCCAGAGUCCAGAGAGACCAGUGGAUGAUCCUCAUUGGUGUCUGUACCCACCUGGGCUGCGUGCCCAUCGCCAACGCCGGAGAAUACGGCGGCUACUUCUGCCCGUGUCACGGCUCGCACUACGAUACCUCGGGCCGCAUCAGAAAGGGCCCCGCCCCCCUCAAUCUGGCAGUGCCGAAAUACAAGUUUGAAACAGACACAAGUCUAGUGGUUGGCUAGAGAGCACGACACAGUAUUGCGUAUGUAUUACGCUCAUAGAGGUCACACUUUAAUUUACUGCAUGCUUUAUGUAUCGCCCACAGCACUAGUCAGAUGUAUCUGAGGUGGUUAUUUAUUGAAAUUUAUUGAAAUC